CUCCACUCAUUGCUGUGCAGCACCAGGAAAUCUUCAAAUAUAUACUUUGAACUUCAGCAAACUAUCCACAGCUAUGCGAAACGUAUAUGUCUUUACCAUACUACUUCUGGCCGUGUCUGCCACUAGUAUACUUGGUGCAAGCUUCGAGAGCCGACAAUAUCAGCAGGUGUUUUGUCGCGGUAAUGCCAAUGGCAUUCGAGCUUUAGUGCCAGGCAGCUGUUCCAAAUUCUUCGAGUGCCAAAAUGGACAAGCAACGGAAUACUCUUGCCCCAAAUACUACGACUUUAAGACAAGAAGUUGCGUUGACUACAAUCCGGGCUGCACUGAAACCAAGUCUGUAGACGAAUCUCCACAGCAUAAGUCUGCAGACACUCCAUGUGCAGGAGCUACAACGACACCACCAUGUGUUACAACCCGUCCACCAUGCACCGGUGUUGCUACACCUACAACUCCCACAACAACUCCCCCAACAACUCCCCCAACAACAACGCCUUCUGGCGAAACUCCAUGCGACAAAGAUACAACACCAACAACAACAACCACCACAACAACAACCACCACAACCACCACAACCACAACUACCACAACUACCACAACUACCACAACAACAACCACCACAACCACAACUACCACAACAACAACCACCACAACCACAACUACCACAACAACCACAACAACCACCACAACCACAACAACCACAACCACCACAACAACGACUACCACGACUACCACGACAACCACGACAACCACAACUACAACAACGACUACCACGACAACAACAACAUGUAGCACAUCAACAUCAACGACAACAACAACCACCACUACCACAACAACAACCACCACAACUACAACUACAACGACAACAACCACGACUACAACCACCACAACUACAACAACAACAACCACGACCACAACCACCACAACUACAACGACAACAACCACGACUACAACCACAACAACUACAACAACAACCACCACGACUACGACCACGACCACUACAACAACAACGACCACAACUACAACAACAUGUAGCACAUCAACAUCUACUACGACUACAACAACAACCACGACAACAACAACGACAACAACAACUACCACAACAACUACCACAACAACAACUACCACAACAACGACAACAACAACUACCACCACCACGACGACCACAACUACCACAACAACUACCACCACCACGACGACCACAACAACGACAACAACGACAACAACAACUACCACAACAACGACAACAACAACUACCACAACAACUACCACCACCACGACGACCACAACGACCACAACAACGACUACAUGUAGCACAUCAACGUCUACUACAACGACCACGACAACAACAACCACCACUACCACGACAACAACUACCACAACAACAACUACCACAACAACUACCACAACAACAACUACCACAACAACUACCACAACAACUACCACCACAACUACCACAACAACUACCACCACAACUACUACAACAACUACCACAACGACCACAACAACGACAACAUGUAGCACAUCAACAUCGAGCACAACGACCACGACAACAACAACCACCACUACCACAACAACGACAACCACAACAACUACCACAACAACGACAACCACAACAACUACCACAACAACUACCACAACAACGACAACAACAACUACCACAACAACAACUACCACAACAACCACCACAACAACAACCACCACAACUACAACCACAACGACAACUACCACAACGACAACGACCACGACUACAACAGCGUGUAACACUUCCACAUCUACUACAACGACCACCACAACUACAACGACCACAACAACUACAACGACCACAACAACUACAACGACCACAACAACUACAACGACCACCACAACUACAACUACCACGACCACAACGACAACUACCACAACAACAACCACUACCACCACAAGCACAACAACAACCACAACUACCACAACAACAACGACUACAACCACCACUACAACAACCACUACCACGACUACAACAACAUGUAGCACAUCAACAUCAACUACGACUACAACUACCACCACCACAACAACAACCACUACAACGUCAACAACCACGACUACAACCACCACAACUACAACUACUACAACCACCACAACUACCACAACAACAACCACCACAACUACCACAACAACAACCACUACAACAACAACAACCACUACAACGACAACUACAACAACAACCACUACAACGACAACUACAACAACCACAUGUAGUACAUCAACAUCGACUACGACCACAACAACAACAACCACAACAACAACCACCACAACAACAACAACCACUACAACAACCACCACUACAACAACCACCACGACUACAACUACCACAACUACUACUACAACAACCACAACUACAACAACAUGUAGCCCAUCAACAUCGACUACAACCACUACAACGACAACUACUACGACUACAACUACGACAACAACAACCACCACCACCACGACCACUACUACCACCACGACCACAACAACAACUACGACUACAACAACUUGCAGUUCAUCAACUACAACCACAACAACAACAACCACCACCACAACAACGACAACAACAACCACCACGACGACAACUACUACCACUACCACCACAACAACAACUACGACUACAACAACUUGCAGUUCAUCAACUACAACCACAACAACCACCACAACGACAACUACUACCACUACCACCACAACAACAACUACGACAACAACGUGCAGUUCAUCAACUACAACCACCACCACGACUAAAGCAACAACAACUACGACAACAACGUGCAGUUCAUCAACUACAACCACCACCACGACCAAAGCCACAACAACUACGACAACAACGUGCAGUUCAUCAACUACAACCACCACCACGACCAAAGCAACAACAACUACGACAACAACGUGCAGUUCAUCAACAACAACCACCACAACGACAAAAGCAACAACAACUACGACAACAACAUGCAGUUCCUCAACAACAACCACUUUAGCACCAGUCACAACUCCCUGCGUCUCAACACCAGAAGCAACAACUCCCUGCGUUUCAACACCAGCAGCAACAACUCCCUGCGUUUCAACAUCAGCAGCAACAACACCAUGCGAAGUAACCACUCAGGCCCCUUGUGCAUCGGGAUCUAAUGUUGCGAGCGCAUCGCAUAAGAAUCGUCUGCCCACUCGCCUUCGCCCCAACUUUCGCCCACUCCCAGAGGUGGCACAAUUAGCUCAGAUGACUAAGGGAGCCACAAGCACAUCCAGUGACAUUCAUAUCCAAAUCGUAUGCGUUGGUAAACCCGAUGGUUUCCUAAUGGCUUCACCGGAGCGUUGCAAUGACUACUACAUUUGCCGUCACCAGCGGGCCCUGAAGGUUAGCUGCGGUGACAGAUACUUCAACGGACAGAAGGGCAUCUGUGAUCUGCCAGAGAAUACCGGAUGCGUUCAGUCCUAAACAUCCACCACGAUCUAGACACCAUGCACAGCCUUAUUGGAAAACGACUACGGAAAACGAACUUAACUUUUAAUGUAGAACUUUAAAUAAAGCAUGCAAGCGCCUAGAGAAGGCAAACAAA